CGGCUUCCAGGCUCACAAAGACACUGUGAAAACUGUUGGCUGCUGGCCUCUGGGAGCAUGGCACAGACUAAGCUGUUCCAAAGACAACCGUUAUUCGACAUGUAAAAGCCAGAGAGGAGGCCAGUGAGGAGCCCCAGCCAAUCAGGAGCAGAAGCGGGUGUGAGGCGUGGCGCUCGGCUGGGAAUAUGAACACAUGCUCAACGGUCACUCGGACCAUGGAGGAGCGGGAGAGAAAGUGAACGUACGGACUGAAGUGACUCAUAACCCACUGAUAUCAAUCCGGUGUGUGACAUCGACAACGCCUGUCGCCCCACAGAAUAAAUAUGUCCCAGGAGGCAGUGAACGGGGUCCCGUCCCGGGGAAAGGUGCUGACUAUGGAUAACAUGAACCCCAACCUGAAAAGGAUCGAGUACGCGGUCCGGGGUGUCCUAGUCCAGCGGGCAAUGCAGAUAGAGAAGGAGCUGAAUGAGGGAGUCAAGAAACCUUUCAAAGAAGUCAUCAAGGCAAACAUAGGUGAUGCCCAUGCCAUGGGUCAGAAGCCAAUCACAUUUUUUAGACAGGUUUUGGCUCUGUGUAUGUACCCUGAACUCCUGGAUGAUAACAUGUUUCCAGAGGAUGCCAAGAAAAGAGCACGUCGUAUUCUCAAGGCCUGUGGAGGCCAGAGUAUAGGUGCCUACAGUGCUAGCCAGGGUAUCGAGUGCAUCCGUCAGGAUGUGGCACACUACAUAGAGAGAAGAGAUGGCGGAAUUCCCUCAAACCCUGACAACAUCUACCUCUCCACCGGAGCCAGUGAUGCCAUUGUGACUAUGCUGAAGUUGCUGGUGUGUGGUGAGGGUCGUGACCGUACAGGAGUGAUGAUCUCCAUCCCUCAGUACCCUCUGUACUCAGCCACCCUGGCAGAGCUGGGUGCCGUGCAGAUCAGCUACUACCUGGACGAAGAGAACUGCUGGAGUCUGGAUGUCAAAGAACUUAGGAGAGCCCUCAAUGCAGCCAGGCAGCACUGCAAUCCUCGUGUACUCUGCAUCAUUAACCCUGGAAACCCCACUGGUCAAGUCCAGAGCAGGCAGUGCAUUGAAGAUGUAAUCCGAUUUGCCAAAGAGGAGCAUCUCUUCCUCAUGGCUGAUGAAGUCUACCAGGAUAAUGUAUAUGCAGAGGGCUGUAAGUUUCACUCUUUCAAGAAGGUCUUAUUCGAGAUGGGACCAGAGUACUCAAGCACAAUGGAGAUGGCCUCCUUCCACUCCACCUCCAAAUGCUACAUGGGAGAGUGUGGAUUUCGUGGCGGCUACAUGGAGGUGAUAAACUUGGAUCCUGAGGUGAAGUUCCAACUCACUAAACUGGUGUCGGUGCGUCUGUGCCCCCCUGUUCCCGGACAGGCUCUCCUGGACCUGGUGGUCAACCCCCCACAGCCCAGUGAGCCCUCCUAUGCCACAUUUAUGAAGGAGCGGACAGCAGUGUUAGCAGCGUUGGCAGAGAAGGCCAGGCUAACAGAGGAGACUUUCAACACUGUACCUGGUAUAACCUGUAACCCAGUCCAGGGGGCUAUGUACACCUUCCCCCGCAUCACUCUACCUCAGAAGGCCAUUGAUAAAGCAAAGGAAGAAGGCCAGGUUCCAGACAUGUACUACUGUAUAAGGCUGCUGGAGGAAGAGGGGAUCUGCCUGGUGCCAGGAAGCGGCUUUGGGCAGAGAAAGGGGACCUUCCACUUCAGGAUGACCAUAUUGCCUCCUACUGAGAAGCUGAAAGUUGUGUUGCAGAAGAUCCGUGACUUCCACCUGCGGUUCACACAAGAGUUUUCAUAACAAUCUUCCAACUAUCAACUGCAUCACAAGAACCAACUAAAUUCAGUGCCUUUGAGGGAGUGAAUGUGUCAUCACUUUCUGCAAUACCCAUCUCUCACCUUGAGGCUGUGUUCACACUAGACCAUCAAAGAAAUACCUUGAUUGAUUCCUUUUUUUAGACAGCUAAGAUCCUGCUCAUGUGUGCACAGCAUGUCAUGAUGUUCAUGACAUGAUGCACUUUCCUGAAAUAUUACCUGGCCAGGCUGUUAAUGUUCAGGAUAUUUUAAUGCCGACAUGAUUAUAUUUAAUACGUCCUUGUCACAGCUGCUGCUCCAGGUGCAUCUCAGUCCUGCCAAGACUUCUACAACCAAAUUAGUUAACAUGUUAUAGACUGUGUAUGAUGCACCACACUGAACCUGUCUCAGAAUGUAGCCACGUGUAGUAGUAGUGGUGAGGUUUCACUGUUCUUAAAUGUGAUUAAAACAUUUCUAAAGCA